GUGACCCAUGCCAGUGCUGGGCGUGGUCGACAAUGCGUCCCGUGUGCUAGCGUUGGGCGUGGCCACGCGGCUCCCACACGGUCCUGAGCUUCUGCGUGGCUCCGCCCCCUCCUCCUCUGGCGGGCCCUCGGAUGACGUCUCCUGGUUGGAGGUGUUGGGCUUCCUGGGCAAAUUGCUGGGCGCAGUCGCCGCGCUGAAAGCAGCAGAGUACCUGCUCCGUGCGCUGUGUGCAGCCAUGGCCUGGAAGUCAGGGGGAGCCAGCCACUCCGAGCUGGUCGGCAACCUGCGCAAAAAUGGUAUUAUAAAGUCAGACAAAGUAUAUGAAGUAAUGUUGGCUACUGACCGCAAACAUUAUGCGAAAUGCAAUCCCUAUAUGGACUCUCCUCAGUCAAUAGGUUAUCAAGCAACAAUUAGUGCUCCUCACAUGCAUGCAUAUGCAUUAGAACUCCUCCACGAUCAGUUACAUGAAGGUGCCAAAGCUCUGGACGUAGGCUCUGGAAGUGGAAUUCUUACCGCAUGUUUUGCAAGAAUGGUUGGCGCCAAGGGUAAAGUCGUAGGAAUUGAUCACAUUAAGGAGUUAGUAGACGAUUCUAUAAAUAAUGUGAAAAAAGACGACCCGUUGUUACUGUCUUCUGGUCGAGUGAAUCUCUUGGUUGGAGACGGACGCAUAGGUCAUCCAGAAGAAGCACCUUAUGAUGCUAUUCACGUUGGAGCUGCUGCGCCAGUUGUGCCACAAGCUCUUAUAGAUGAGCUUAAACCUGGAGGACGACUAAUCCUACCCGUCGGCCCGGCUGGAGGAAACCAAAUGUUGGAGCAAUAUGAUAAGUUAGAAGAUGGAAGUGUCAAAAUGAAACCCCUGAUGGGGGUGAUCUAUGUGCCUUUAACAGACAAAGAAAAGCAAUGGUCAAGGUGGAAGUGAUUUUCUGUCCCACUCUUUCUCCUUCCAGUUACACACAAGGUGAAAGGGAUGAAUUGUAAUGGCUCCAUCACUCCGAUCCAAACAUAGUAUUAUGGUGUGGUGCUCUCCUGCACCUCCAAAAGCUUUUUCUUCAGACUCGUCAGCAGUGCAGCUUCUUUUUGUUUGUUUUUUGACCCUGUUUAAUUGGCAUGGAAUUUUUUUCUUUCUUUUGGGUUUUUAAAAUCUAAUGUUAAACUGUGCAGAUCCCAUUUGAAAACUUAUUAUUUAAGAUAUAUAUAUAUUUUUUUUUUAUGUGUUUGAACAUGCCGGAGUAUCUGACCUAGAGCAGGUACUCGCCAUUGUGAACUAUUUAAAGAAAAAAUGCACAUAUUUUGUUUCAAUUUCUGGAUACAUUUAAAGUGUACUGUUAGCAUCACUGUAAAAUGUUCAGCUCGUCACCAAAAGACACUACAAUGCAUAAUGUCACAUCUCCGCUAUAUGCUGCUAAACAUCUAGAACUGAACUUCGCCAUCAGAGCUUUUGGACGUGCUGUGGUAGAAUAGCAUGUGGAUGCAGUCAGCAGCUUUAUCUUAACUCCAGGAAAUCUUCAUGUCAUGUCACGCUUAGCCCUGGACUCAGUGCAUCAGAGUGAGCUGUAGACCUGGUCAGACCCAACAUGUAGGAAAUAGUUUUCAUUGAAAAAGGUGGCACUUGGCAGCCUCUGCUACAUCCAAGCUUUUCCUGUUCAUGCAGUUUAUAGUUCACUGCUGUGUAAGCCCUGUUCUCAAACAGUUUAUGCAGUUGCGCUUUGCCAAAUAAAAUACAAAAUCCAAGAA